AUGGAUCAUCUGGAGACGAGUCAGACUAAAGAAGAUGAGGUUAUUACCCACCUGCAGAAGGACGAUCAGAAUGGAUAUACCAGCCAUUCUCUGAUCCUGCAGAAAAAGAUGGUGGAUAAACUCGUAGAAAAAAUCAAGAAUAAAACCGUGGAUAUACAAACAUUCCAAGGGUUUUCAAGAGGAAGAUUGGAUCAAGUUCUACAAAGCUUGAGUCCAUUCAAAAGAAGGCAUCAUGUUUUCUUCGGCACAACAGCCGGGAGCUAUACACCAAUCGACAUUGCGAUUUGUGAUAAAAGAAUCACAAAUACGAAAGAUUCAGUAUUGGGAGCCUUCUCAGGCAAUCUUUAUGCUAAGCAGAUUAUAGCCGAGUUGUACCUACAGAUCGCUUAUAAUCUUCAAGAUGCAGCCUUCAGCCGAGCCCUAACACUAUAUCAGGACUACAAAAGGAAUGAUCUUUUAACGGGAGAAAAUAGGCCAUAUUCGAUUACGUAUCAAGUGUCAUAUGCCCUAUCAAAUUCCCACCACACGAAUCUAUUUUUGGGAAAAGAUUUUAUUGAAAUCCCAGAAAUAUGCAAGGAGGUGGCCAAGGCAAUGAGCCCUGACCAAGUUGAAAUCCUACAAAUAAGGGAAAAAUUGACAUCCAAGUCGGAAACAAGCAUGUGUUGA